GCGCUGCGCUUUAGCUGGGCGCGGACUCUUCAAGAGCGGCAGUGUGAGCCGUGGCGGGCGCCGUGCUGUGCGGGCUUGAGGCGGCGCCGGCGCCGCUGCCGCUGCCGAGAAGCCGCCGGACGCGGAGGUUUGCUGUAAACUACCUACCAUAGCUAUAAUGACACCAGCUCUCAGAGAGGCAACAACAAAAGGUCAUGGUAUCCACUUGUCACCUUCUUUGUCCUCUAGAGCUAUGGAGUCUGAUACAGCUUUGUGCAUGGAAAAUUCCAGAGCAGUGGAAGAGAAGAUAAAAGAGGACUCCAUCGCACGGAUUACUUGCUCAGUCCUGGGGUUCUCCACUGCUGAGCCCAACCUCAGGAAUGACAUGUUCAGUGUGCAGCAUUUUGGUUCCCCACCGUCCUCCAAGUGCUAUCAGUCUGUCUUGUUAAUGGGUACAAAUUCUGCGUUUAACAACAAAACUGGUAAGCAAACAAAAAUGGGAGACCCUGACUGCUCCAAGAUGAGAAAGUCAUUACAUAAUGGGGCUGACACAUCAUUUGGUCAUAUUAGUCAUUCAGAACCUGAGCAACAGGUGAAAGGGGCAGUGUUUUCAGAGACCACAUCUCCAAACUUGGCAGGAAUGCAGAGACUUUCAGGUUCAAGUGUAACUGAAUCCACUAACGCAGAAGAAAUGCAACUUUUAAAUGGUAAAUGGUACAAGAAGAAUGGGGUUUUGGGUAGGGCUUUGGAAGUCCGCACUGAAACAAUAAAAGGGGAUUUAUUACACCAAAUUCUUCACGGGCCUUCAGAAGGGAUUUUGAGCUGCACCCAGGAGGAGGUGUAUGCUCGCUUACUCCAGUGUGUCACUAAGCAACAAAUGGAAAUCAGUCGCGCCAAAAGAACUCAGAAGCGUUUACAAAUGCUCCUGGCAAAGCAUGUUGUCAAACACUGUGAUCAGCAGCUGAAAUGCUUUGUGAAACAUCAGCUUCAGAGAAUGAAGGUUUUCCAUGAGCCAGCUAGAUUUUUGAGCAAUAGCUCCCUCAGAUGCACUGAAGGUUGGCCGGAAAACAACACAACUACUUUGGAGAGUAGUUUGAGUGUGGAUGUACAGAACGGAGUUAGCGUCGCACCGGGUGAAAUCCGUGGCUUUGCACUUUCUACUGGAGGGCUGCUGUCUCGUGUGGAGAAGGACCUGGACUCUGAUGCAACCUGUAGCAGCUCAGAUGAAGAUGGUGAGGAGCAGACUGUGGAAGCCAGCUAUACUUCUGAAUGGAAGUGGCUUGCAGACAGAGCUAGAAUUGGCAGCCGUUGGACAUGGCUUCAAGCCCAGAUUUCAGAACUAGAAUACAAAAUCCAGCAACUAACUGACCUUCACAGGCAAAUACGUGCCACCAAGGGGACGGUGGUCCUAGAAGAAUUCCCAUUUCCAAAAGACAUUCUGAAGAAGCAGAUCCAAUUGACAGAGCAAGAGGCUUUAUUAAACGCCACAGGGAAUUCGCAAGCUGCCAUUGAGAGCCAGGAUUCCUUGCCAGAGCAUGACUUUGAAAUGUCACCCAGCAGUCCCACUCUGCUUUUACGAAACAUAGAAAAACAGAGUGCACAACUAAGUGAAAUCAUCAGCAGCCUAAUUGCUCCACUCAAUCUGUCUCCAGCUUCUUCAUCUCUUUCAUCCAAGACCUGUAGACACAGACAGCUGGUCAAUGGUAUCUCCUUCAGAGCUUCAGACAAUAAAGAGGUGUCCUCUUCAAGCAGCUGGCUGCUUGACCAUCAGCACAUCAAGAAAAGAAGAAGAGACAGGACAAGGCUCAGGUCUGUCUCUGUGAAUAAUGUGAGCACAUCUGCCCGAACAAGGCCACUUCAGAGUUUCCAGAAGAGGAAACUCUACAGAAUGCACGGUGCCUGUCACUGGAAUCAGCAGACAUUUCCAUCUAGAGAUGCCUCUUUUCCAUCUAGAACUCAACUGCCAUGCGUGGUGCCAGCCUCCACUUUCAGCAGCAGUGAGCACAGCACAGAAUCUAAAAUCCUAGAUUAUGUGCAAGAGCUGGACUCUUCCUUCCAUCCAGUCUUAUCAUUCCCUUCAGAUAUUCCUCUUCACAUAUACUUUGAAACAUUAUUAAGGAAGGAUGACAUCAAAGGAGAACCUGCUGAUACCUCAUCUUUGGGAGGGGAGUUUAAAGUAUCUGCUGACAAUGACUAUAAUCCACAUGUUUCUGUCAAACAGUGGAGCAGUGGCUGUUUGUCUAAUUCCAAAUCUCAGUUGAUGUUAGGAACACCUGACCAGCUGUCUGAAGGAAGAAAGAAAAGGCAUCUAAGUGAGACAGCAGUAGGCGAAAGUAGCGCUCGGUUUGAGACAUUCUCCUUCCAACAUGCAGAGCCCGAGGCCCACAACAGUUUUACUCCCACAAGCAGUGUCAGUGCCAUGUCUCGGCCCUCUCACAGCACUUCAUCACAGCAUAACUCCAGGAGGAGGUUGAGAAGUGAGAGCUCAUAUGAUAUAGACAACAUUGUUAUUCCCAUGUCACUGGUGGCACCAUCAAAGCUGGAGAAACUACAGUACAAAGAAAUCCUUACUCCAAGCUGGAGAGUUGUUGAACUUCAGCCUUUAGAAAAAUCCCAAACAGAUGAAGAAGAGGUAGAAGACCUGUCAGACAAAGCCUUUUCCUUGCGCCACACCAAGUACGAAGAGAGAGAGCGCGCGAGGUGGUCGCUGUGGGAGCAGAGCCGCUGGCCCAGGAGGAACAGCAGAUCUUACAGCAAAAAUGCUGAUGGUCGACACAGCCAGGACAUGGUGCAGAAAGACCAUUGCACUGCUGACCCUGCUCCUGACCCAGCUUCGGAAGCCCACAGCUCUGUUUGUUCAGGGAUGGCACCACUCUGCAGAGAGAGCCAGGAAGAGAAGUCUGGGCUGUGGGAACUUCGAGUUUUUCCACUAAAAGAUGAAGAGGUAGAAGCUUUACUGUGCCAAGAUCAAGUAACGAAUCAGACUGAAAUGUCAAGUGCAACUUCCCCCAGCAACUCUUCCUGCACUCCAGGCACACCCACUGCUUUGCCAGACAAUGGCUAUCCACCAAGAAAACAAUCUACCCAAGAGUCAGAAGACUGCAAAAGCCUUUGCCUGGGAAGCAACGGUACAAGGAAACAAAGGUGACAGGGAAUAAUGUGGUUCAUUAAGAAAGCCAGUUAAGGUGGAGAGAAGUGUAAGGUAAAAUCUCUCGUUCACACAGCAUAUGACAGCACAAUUCAAAACCUUUAUGUUAGCUGCGUAUAAUAUAUUUUCUUUCUUGCUUUGUAACAGGCAGGAUAAAUCCCAAAGACAACACUUUCUUCUUCCUGAACCCCAAGAGAAAGUAAUUAUUUCAAGCUGGAAGUCUAAUAUUCCCAAUGUCGGGAGUGGGCGCACAUAAAUUGCUGGCACCAUUCACUUUCUGUUGUCAUAUUGCCACAUUUGUCAAUAAUCAUCCUUUUCUGUUUGUUUGUUUUCAAAUAUAUAUCUGGUUCUGGUGGACUCUGGUGCAGCAGGAGAUGCUGUCUACCUUAUCCAACAACUUCAACUGAACACAGAAAAACUACUUGAACAUAGUGGGAAUAAGCGUUAGCCUCAGAUUAUUCUCCUGUGUGGCACGAGCAUAGGGCAAAAACCUGUCUCUCUAACUGCACAUGUAAGGUGAGGGUAGGUGAGAACCAGCAGUUCAAACCAGGGGAUCUGGAAGCCUUGCAUCUAGCUUAAGUCAUGGCUCUCAGUAGUGCCAGGGCACAUUUCACGUUGAAGUCCUCAAGCAAUAAGGUAGAAGUAGCCACUGCAUUGCCACAGUCAAUGUAUCUGACACAGGGGGAAGCAGGGUCUCUGCUUCGGGCCUCUGGGGAGGGAGAGACAGGAGGAGAGAGGGGUUGAGCCAGAUCAGUGACACAGUCCAUGGAAUGUUGUGGUUUGGAUCACCUUACUUCCUUAGUCCUUCGUAGCUAAUGAGGCUCAUAAUACUUUGCUUUAAAUAUGUUAAAGUCUUGUUCCAAUUUCUGUACAGUGCCUUGUAAGAGUCUCUCAUAAGUAUGCCAACAUUUGGUGACUAGCUGGAAAGGAAAAGAUGAUUGAUGUCUUGAAGAGCAAUAAAAAAAAGCCCCAAA